GGGCAAGGGCGGGUCAAUCAGCUGGGUGGAGUUUUUAUCAACGGUCGGCCACUACCCAGUCAUAUCCGGUUAAAAAUAGUUGAACUCGCAGCCCAGGGAGUGAGACCAUGUGUCAUCAGUCGUCAACUCCGAGUCUCUCACGGCUGCGUUUCGAAAAUAUUACAGCGCUAUCAGGAGACGGGGACAAUCCAACCUGGGAUUAUUGGAGGUAGCAAACCAAGGUCGACCACUGGAGAUGUAGAACGCAGAGUACAGGAGUUAAAACAACAGAAUCCCAAUGCAUUUAGUUGGGAGAUUCGAGAUCAACUGAUCAGUGACAGAGUUUGUGAUAAGAAAACCGUACCUAGUAUUAGCGUUAUCAGUAAAAUUAUUAAAACAACUAGUAAUGAUGAUGUUGAAGAUGAUGACGAUGAUGAAUCUGCGGUUGUUGAAGAUGAUGUUUAUGACUCUAAUGAUACCACUAAAGAUUCCAGAGUAACGAAUCUAAGUCCAUUGUUACAUAUAACUAGAAAAAUGAGACGGAACCGGACAACAUUUAGUGGAGAACAGUUAGAAGAACUAGAGAAGGUGUUUGAGAAGACACACUACCCUGAUAUUUAUACCCGAGAAGAACUAGCACAGCGUACCAAGUUAACAGAGGCACGGGUUCAGGUAUGGUUCAGUAACAGAAGAGCUAGAUGGAGAAAACAAGUUGGUAGUAACCAGCUGAUGAGCGUUAGUAAUAUUACAACAGACACCAAUCAUACUCAAUAUACUUUACGUGAUACUUGUGGUAAGUCUUUUACUGUAAUACUCAAUAUACUAUACGUGAUACUUGUGGUAAGUCUUUUACUCUAA